AGCCGCCGCCGCCGGCCCGGCCAUGUGCCGAGAGGGUGGCUGCUGCUGCUGCUGCUGCUGCUUGCUGCUUGCUGCCGGCUGCCUGCUCCGCGCACUGCUCCCCUGACCGCUUUCUUCCUUCUGUUUUUAUUUUUUGAAAUUUUUUUUUUUUUUUUUUAAGUCCUUUUAUUUUGGCGUUGAUGCUCUGCGAGCGGGAGACUUCGGGAGACGCGGUCCUCACCUGAGCGAUCCAGCCCCAUUCCCCCGUUUGAAGGCUGUUAAUGGAGAAGAGGGCGGAUGACAGCCGGGACUGUGGUCAUCACAGGUGGAAUAUUAGCAACUGUCAUUUUGCUAUGUAUCAUCGCCGUCCUCUGCUACUGUAGGCUCCAGUAUUACUGCUGCAAGAAGGAUGAAUCCGAGGAGGACGAGGAGGAGCCCGACUUCGCCGUGCACUCCCACAUCCCGCCGCUCCACUGCAACCGCAACGUAGUGCUGACCAACGGCCCGUCCCUCUACGCCUCGUCCCCCUUCAGCAAGAAGGCGACCCCGAGCCGCUCCAGCUGCCCCGGCUGCGGCCCCUACGAGCCCCCCACCUUCUUCCUCCAGGAGCCUCCCGAGGAGCUGCACAACGGCGGCGACCGGGUGAGCUACAAGACGGUGAGCCAGGAGGACCUGGCCCUGCCGGUGAGCGUGUCCAACCUGCAGGCUCUCAACCCCAACCGGCUCUCGGCCAUGCGGGAGGCCUUCUCCCGCAGCCGCAGCAUCAGCACCGACGUGUGAGGGGCUGGCAGCCCCGUCACACCUCCUCGCACGCGGGGAGGACUCGGCGAAAUUCGUGGAAGAGUUCUGAAAAAGGAAAAAAAAAAAAGGAAAAGAAGUGAAUGUAUUUCUGCCAGGGCUGAAGGCAGCGACGAGCUGAAUGGCAGCGUAGAGGGGUAGCGAAGCAAACCCCAAAGGAGAGUGUAGGGGAGGAUGGCUGCAGCUGGGACGUGAGGUUUUCUAGAGCUGCUUUGGGUUUUGUUUUUUUUUUUUUCCCUUUUAUAAAGAGGAUUUUGAUACUGAGCAUCCUUUUCUACGGAGCAUUCGCCCCUCCUGACUGUUCGGCUGGAACGCCGAGGGACGGUGAGCAAAUAGUGGGGCACACGGUUGGCUGCAGAAUGGCUCGUGCUGCGAGUCAGCAGCCAGCUGCUGCAGUGACGUGGGGGCCCUGACAGGCACACACAUGUGCACACACACACACACACUCCCUCAAAGGUCCUCAAGCAAAGCAGAGCUGCUACUGCCCACACUUCUGCCACCCCUUCCUGCAGCUCUCUGUGCUGCAGCCAUGAGAGUGUGUGUGUGUGUGUGUGUGUGCACAGCCCUGCACUAUCCCCAGGCCAUCUCACUCCUCAAGUCAGUCGUUAAUUCCUGAGUGACAGGCACAAUCCCCUCAGGGCUGGGAUGGCGGGUGGGCGCACAGCCUGUCCCUACCCCUGGAGUUCCUGGAGUGACCUCACAGUCUCCUGAUGGAGGGUACAAACCCAUUGCAUUGCCUGGCUAUGAAAAUAACACGCAGCACAAUUUUGGAUUGAGGAAUACCUCUCUGAAUAAUCCAUCCCUUUUCCGAGUAACGCCACAAGCAACUUCUAACUGAGGGCUCUGUAUCACGAGGGGUCACUGUGUAUGUGCCCACCCCAAGCAUGCACAUUUUUAUAUGCAUUUAUUUGCCUUUUUUAGUUUUUAAAAAAUCCAUGACACCCGUCCAGAAAUGUGUGAAAACACUUUAGAUUUAGGCAAAACCUCCUCUUUAGCGUUUUUCAUUGAGCAGCCUGACUGUGGCACCAGCUCUGUCCCCGCUCCGCCAGCCACGCUGGAUGUGGCCAGGGCAAUGCUGGGAGAGCAGCAGGCACAGAGCUGGUCACCGAGCGUGUCCCUCUGCCCCGAGCAUGCUGUAAAGGAACCCUUUUAGUAUUUCAGUGCUUUAGGAGAGGAAUUGCACAUCGCAGCAACAUCUGCUUGGGGACUCACGCUCCGGUCUCUCCUGGCUGUCUCCAUUCCUCCCCUCCAACCUCACCAUACUCCCAGUUUGUCUGACAAAAAAACCUCCCUGUUUCUCCUGGACUGUACGUUAUUCAGGUUAAAAAGCAUCAUGCUGGACCUGGGGACGGCUGGCAGAGGAUGGACUGGCUGCACAGAGACUCCAGUGGCCCCAGUGCUGUGCUCUGGGUCAGCUUUCCUUUUUCAAGAUGUUGCAGGAAGAAACAGCCGUGGCUCCAGCCCCAUCAGCUCACAGACACUGUGCUGCAGCCCGGCUGGGUAUUUUACUUUUAACCACGAGGGCUUUUAACUCCACAGGAAAUCUUUUGAAGUACAAGUCAGUCUUUGCAAAUGAGUAUCUUCGACUUUCUCGGGUUUCUCAGGGGGGUUCUGUUUGGG